UCAGCUCCUCUUAAGCUGGAUACAUUAACCAAGUGUUUUUUCCUCCAAAGGAAAAAAGGAGACCAUGAUGCCCAGCAAGGGGCAGCGCUUUGUGUUCACUGCUCACAUCAUUGGGGCUGUUCACAGGGAGACCCCAAAACUCAAGAUGUUCAUGAUAUCUGUCCUGUGGUCAGAUGAGACCGAAGUGAUUGUCUACAGGUCUUAUGAUGAUUUCAAGAAGUUUCAUAAGCGGCUGAAAAAGAAGUUCUCUCUCCUCAAUCCCAAUAACAACAAAAUGAUCCCCAAAUUUAAAGGGGAGGCUCAUAAAAGCAACCUCCAACAGAGAGGAUCGGAGCUGUCUGCCCAGCGGAUGAAGGCCUUAGAGACCUACUGUAACAAGCUGCUGGUGAGUGACCCGAUGGUGACCCAGAGUGCAGAGGUCACACAGUUCUUCACAUCACAGGGCCAAGACCUGGAUCCAGACUUAACCAAGAACAGCCUCAUAAUCCUGCUGUCAGAAGAUGGAGCUCGCGAAGGAGGAGGAGGAGAAGGAGGAGGUGGAACAGUAAUCAGCCCACUGGUCACCCAGACGUACCGUUCUGUUGCUGCCUACGAGACCAAAGACACCAAGAACCGUCCCUUUAAAGUAGCCAUGGAUGAAAAAGUGGAAGUGCUGAUGAAGGACCCUGCUGGUUGGUGGUUGGUGGAGAACGAGGAAAAGUGCAUGGCGUGGUUCCCAGGUCCCUACCUGGAAAAAGAGGAAGAUGAGACUGGAUUCCAGUUGGGAGGUGUUCUCUACUGUGCCGUGAGGAGUUAUUCUACCAAUAAGGCAGACGAGGUGUCUGUGCCCAUCGGUUCUGUGGUGGAGGUGCUGAGGAUGUCUGACGAUGGCUGGUGGCUCAUCAGAUUCAAUGGCAAGGUGGGUUACGUCCCCUCCAUGUAUCUGAAGCCCAACAACAGCCCUCGUACAGGACUUGACAGCUUGCAGAGGAAGAUGCAUGGAUCCACCCUCAACCUGUCCUACCCUGGAGCACCUCUGUCUCCAUCUUCUUCUUCCCCAACUUCUUCUUCUUCAACAAAAAGGCAAAGUUCUGAAGAGCAGCCCAGAGUUCAGCCUAGUAGGCAUGGCCGUUUGUCCAAAUCCCAAUCUAUGGAGAUUCUCUCCGAGACGUGGACCCACACUGCUCGUCCCGCCCAAGCCGAGGUCAAGGCGGACGCCGCCUGCUUAGACAACCGAGUGCGCAGCAUCAGCAGCUCAAGCGAGGAGUCCAGCUUAUGCUCCAGCUGCUCCUCCAUCAGCAGCCGGUCUUCACGUUUUAGAGACGACUCCUCCGUGCACCAUCCAAAAAACCAGCAGCGCCGCAGCUCCAGCGCAAGUUAUGAGAGCUCUGUGAGUUCUGGCAGCUGUGGAAGUUUUACGAGCUUCAGUUCCAGUAGCAGCGAUACAGCAGGCCCGAUUGCUCCUUUAAUCCCACCCAGACCCAAGAAGGAGGAGAUCCUGAACCGGUGCUCCACCGAGACCCGCAAGGCAGCUAUGGACCCUCGAGCCGGGCCCCAAAUGCGACGUGAACCACACAAUGAAACCCGCUUAUAAGGACACAUACCGGAUACUGAACAAUACUCUCACAACACUCUCACAACACUCUUACUCUUUUAUAUCUUUUUUGAAAAUAUUUAACCUCUGCUGCUCUAAAAAUUUUAGUCAAAUGUGUUUUUCUCCCAGAAUAACUUGACUGGAUAAAACAUGCUUACUUUGAAAUCUGAAUGUAUGUAGAUAACGGCACAUUUUGACUAUUUCACAUGGUAGAAGUGUAAUGUAGCUUCAGUGAAGCACGUUCAAGGUAGAAUAUUGUUUGGACAGCUAUCAGAUGAUCAGGAAUCAUAGCAAUAGCAGUUACUGUACAACUAAUGAAUAAUGGCUGCAAAGAGAGACACCAUUAGCAAUGUUUUU